CUUCGGGAAGACGGUUUUAACCAUAUAGUUGUUAAGAUUAUAUUUCCUACAACGACCUCGACGGCGGAAAAGAAGAUGCUUUUGAGAUGUCUUCCCCUGGUAGCUUAGAGGAUCCCACGACACUGCAGUCUCCAAGAGGACAGCUUUGCUGAGAUUUCCAGAAAUACGUAGUAGGAAACGUGAAAAUUACCAGGAGACUUAACAGAAAUAAAGUGCAAAAUCAUUGCGCAGGGCCGCUGUGAUGGCCGAGGACCGCGUGGGUGGCAAGGUGUCGGUGGCCCUGUGCGGGGUGUGUUGCCGGCCAAUCUGUGACAGGUACAUCAUGCGAGUGGUGGACGUGUCAUACCACGAACGCUGCCUGCAGUGCAGUGUUUGUGGAGCACGUCUUGCCCACACCUGCUUCACUCGCGACUCCAAACUUUACUGUCGACUCGACUAUGACAGAAUGUACGUGAAAAAGUGCCUGGGAUGUUCGGAGCGUAUUGGUCCCACUGAGUAUGUGAUGCGAGCUCUGGACAGUGUGUUCCAUGUCACGUGCUUCGUGUGUGUGGUGUGCGGAGUUCGACUUACGAAAGGCAGCGAGUUCGUCAUCAAGCAGGGCCAGCUUUUCUGUCUUCCGGACUACGAGAAGGAGGUGGAAAUGCUGCAGGGGUACGCCCAAGGCGAAUAUACGUGUGACGAUCUGGUGCCGGCCGCCAGAGCUCAGGACGGUCGGCGAGGUCCGAAAAGGCCGCGAACUAUCCUGACGACACAGCAACGCCGUGCCUUCAAGGCCUCGUUCGAAAUAAGCCCGAAGCCCUGUCGGAAAGUGAGGGAAGCUCUGGCCAAGGAGACUGGCCUCAGCGUUCGGAUCGUGCAGGUCUGGUUCCAAAAUCAAAGAGCGAAAAUGAAGAAAAUCCAGAAGAAAGCAAGACAAGAAAACAAGAACAUCAAAGAAGACGAAUGUAGUGAUGACAAAGGCCAGAAAACAAAGGUCAAAGAAGAAGAACAAAGUCCGCCUGGAACGGCGUCCUUCCUCAACGACAGCUGCAGCGACACAGAACCUGGGAGUUUGCACGCAGGGCCUGGGGGAGACGGCUAUCACCCUCAUACUCACCCCCAACCACCCGCACCCGGCGAUCAGAAUUGUGAUGACCAUCACCAUCACCAUCACUUCCUCCCCAUCAAAGAAGAACUUCUAGAGAACGAAGACACGGCGUUCUACAGCAACAAGAGCGCGGAGGUGAACGACAACCAACACCCGGUGCACACGCACCAGCAAGACUUCAACUCAGGGGGCAGUCAACACGACGGCAGUAAAAUGGACAACGGGUUUAUCGGCUACCCCUACAACGGGGGUGAAAAUGCGUCACUGGAGUCUAACAACCACCAUCAUCCUCACCACCAUCACCACCAUCAUCACCAUCACAAUCACAUAUUCCUUCACCAACAGGCUCCGUCUCUUCAAGGUCUGAACCCGAUUGACCGACUGUACUCAAUGCAGACUUCGUACUUCUGCGGUGAAGAAUCCUCUCUCGCAGAUCAAUAAUCGAUAUCCAUGUGAAUUUUUGCGUUCGUCAUAAAAAAGUGAUAUGGCUUCUCAGCUGUGAACUUCCUUUACGGAUUACAUAGUCUACUGUUUUGGUGUACAUGACCUUUGAUCUUCAGGUACUUAAGGACUGACGAUGGCAUCUCCUUUGAAAGGGAUUUUAGAAGUAACCACUAAAACAAGAUACUUCUUUCUGCUUCUUAUUCGAUGGUCUGAUAUACGCUAUAGGCCUAUACUCUCCCUUAAAGUGGCAAACGUGACUUUCGAACCUAAAAGUAAGACUAAAAUGUCUCUUGCAAGAUUUAUACCGGAUAGCCUAUUGGAUAAAAUUAUAUGUACCUUGCUUCAUAAAUUCCAGCUGAAAGGUAAAAUUAAUAAAAUCUUCUCGGACAAUCAGCCGCGUUAGCUGGUUAUCGUAGUAAACCGACGUUUUGAGAACAAACUCUGUCCCCAACUUCAGAGUUGCACAGGCGACUUCCGAGGAUCCAGUCACAUCAGAACCCUGAAGAUGGGGACAGAGUUUGUUCCCGUAACGUCGAUUUACUACGAUAACCAGCUAACGCGGCUGAUUGUCCGAGAAGAUUUUAUUGAAUGUACUCGCCGCGAAAGUCUCAAAUCCUGAAAGGCAAAAUGUUUUCAAGUGCAAGUCCUUAGGAGUUUGGUAAGAUAUUGUACAUUUUAGACGUUUAAAUCCAGAAAUAUCAGUUCACUUGAUUAAUGAGGUCAGACUGUGCCUAUAGAAAAUUAUGGUGCAGUGGACACAAGUUACGCUUAAAUGAAAGAAUUUCGGAUUUCAUUACCACAGUCAGAUUAUCCUGAACAACGUGUUUUGCUGUUCCUGCACAGUGCUUAAAGAAAUAUUUACUUAUUUCAAAUAGAUUUCAGUCGUUAGAAAUUACCACCCUAAUAUCUGUCACAAUCUCAAAGUCUAACAAUAUAUGAUCACCAGAAGAUUUUGUAAGAAUGUAAUUUACCUUAAAUAUUUUAUCUCAUAUAGUACGGAGUAAAAAAUUUAAACAAUUUUUAUUAUUUCAUUUGUAGGCGACAGUACAUUGACAUUGCUGAAUCAUCUGCAUUCUACGAAUGUCUAAUCUAUAUGUUUAGGUCCGCAUAGCAUCGAGUAUUUAUGUUCCAAUACUUCUGCGUGUAUAUAUUGUUUUCUGAAUUGUUUAACACAUCUUAGGUCAGUAUGAUACUACAUUGUCUUGCUGGCUGCCCUCAACUAUGGAAGAGAAUUUGUUAAUUUUUAUACCUACAGAACGUCUCAUUUAGAUUGAAAAUUCGAGUAAGACCAGUUUCAGGCUUUCAGCAAUGGCGAAUGUAAGUGGUGUGGAUCAUGCACAUUUAAUUAAGAAAGAGCUUUCUUCAUCCACAGGAAAAUUAUCACAUAUUUAUAUCACAGCCUGACAAAAAUAAAACUGAAGAGAACUAAUGGGAACGUGUUAGUGCUCAUGUUACAACGUGAAUUGGCAGCAACUGGGACAGUUAAAAUAGUGUUGGUAAUACUAACAUGACUAACGAAAGUUCAUUUCAGUUGAAUUGCUUUUUGAACAGUGUAUAUAACAAUAAAAUUGCCACGAACAAGCAUA